AUGAUAACCUCCAAUUUUCACUUCAUAGACGAGUUGGAAACAUUUUUUGAUGAUCAAGAAAUAAUUCAAUCACUCUUUAACUUCAUAUCAAAUCAUCAUUCCGAUGAAACUAUUAACGAAAAAUCACACUACAAUUAUUGUAAAAUUACCUUUGAAUGGGAAAAAUUAUUAUUAAUCAAUGAAGAAGAAGAAGAAGAAGAUGGAGAGAAUUCCUUUGAUGAAAUUUCAGCCAGAAUUAUCAAGGAAUUAAUUGGAAAUAAUUUAUUUCGUGAUCCUAAGGAAGGAAAUAUUUUCUUUAGAAAGCAAAUCACAAAGGCUUUUCCAAAGUCCGAUAUUCGAAAUGAUGAAGAAGAAUUCAUGAUGAAGAGAGUUGAGAAAUUGAUGAUUGUUGUGGAUGAGUUGAUUUUCAUGAUUAGGGAGGAUAGGAUAUUAUUGAAUGAUGUGGAGGAAAUUAGGAAGAGAAGGAAAUUGGUUUCGUUUUGGAUUUCGAUUGCUAAUGCAAUUGUUUUAUACUUGUUUUAUGCUUAUUUGGUGAUUGAUUUUGAAAAGUGUGGAGUUUCACAAGAUUGGAUUGUUGAGUUCAAUUCGAAAAUGGAAAAUUCAUAUGUUCAAUAUGUAUUAUAUCAGUAUUUAAAGACGAAUUUCUAUAAGACUGCAUCUAUUUCAUUGAAAUUACAAGAUGUUGAUGUGAAUUUUAGUAAAGUUUAUGAUGUGAUGGAUUCAAUCAAAUUUGACUUGAGCAAGGAAGAUCAUUUACCAAAUACUGAAAUGGAUCUAUUUGAAAUUUUGCUUCAUAUAUUUACAAAGUACUUCUUUUGUAAAUCUGCAAAGAGUGGAGAGUUUCUACACAAAUAUGAACACUAUGGGUCCGUAUUCACAUUAGAUAUUGUAAUGAACUAUUUGAUUUCUAUUGGUAAUAGAGAACUUCAAUCAACAUAUGCACAGAAAAUUUUCGAAUGUUUUUCAAGAAAGAUGAAAGUCAGUAUCACAUCACAUACACACUAUAAUUGUUUAGGAAUGUCUCGAAAUUUUUACAUAAUUCUGCAUGCUGUCACUGCAAGUUUCAUUUCAGCUCUGAAACAACCAACCUCGGAAAAUCUUUUCACAUAUUACAAUGACAUGAUUUUGCUCGUCAAUAGGACAUUCAGUAAGGAAGACAAGCUCAAACUUAGACUUUCUAAACAUGAAAUUAUUGAGAGCAAAGAAUUGGAUCUUUUUAAUGAACUACUCAAACAUGCUAGUUUGCAUGAAAUAUAUAUGAGAUCAGUACGUGAAAAACAAUUAUUUUAUGAUAAGACUGACGAAUUGAUCUUGUUCAACCCAAGUCAGAGUACUGAAAGAAAUAUUUUAGAAUCCAUAGCAUUUAAGGCUUUCAUUUUGAUACCCUAUACUUCAAUUGGAUCUUUUAUAGCCACCAACAUGAUUCCAAAAAUUGGUAAACUUGAAAUACUAGUCAAAUGCUGUAUGGAAUGUUACUUUAAUGAACACAAAAUUGAAAAUCAUAGCCCAUUCCUCUCAGCUAUUUUCUACAUUCUGAAAGCACAACUUUCCAAUCACACUACCACCACCCAUACAAUUAUAAAAUCAUACCAGCUAUGUUUCAAUAUGAUUAAGGAAGGAAAGGAAGCAGUGAUUAUAUAUUAUCCAAGAUAUCUCACAGAUUCACAUUAUCAAAACUCAAAGAAUUUACUAGACAAAAUCUUGGUUGAAUUUACAACCAAUAUUUCCCAAGUUUAUCCACGAGAAUUGAGAAUUGUCCUUAAUCAAGUCAUUUGCUGUCUAAUGGACAAAGGUCAAAAAGAGGAGCAAAACUACAUUUCCAUGUUUAAUCAAUAUUUCAGACAUUCCAUCAACCAGAUAUUCGAUAAUUACAGAAGUAGACUAAAAGAUCCAUUCAUCUACAAGUACCUUACCGCAUUUGCAUUGUCAUCCCCUCACUAUGUAGAUAUUCUAACCAAAUUUAAAAGUCCAAAAAAAUUGGAACAAAUCAUUGAUGAACUCUAUCCCAAGUUGAGUUUGAGAAAUUUAAUAUUUGUAGAUUCUAAUCAAAGACAUCGACCAUUUAUUUCAUUAACAAGUACAGAUUUGGCAUCUUUGGAAGAUUUGACCAUUGUGGAAUUGAUGAAAAGGUACAAGUCAUUUAUUCAAUUUUCUCUUUAUCCUCAACUGGCCUACCUAACUGAUGUGUCCAUCCAUUGUUUCAGUGAAUAA